AUGUUUAAUAAUAACUCUGAUUUUUAUAUCUGUGGCUACGAAUUAGUUCGAAGAGAUAGGCUUAGCGAUGGUGGCGGAGGUAUAUGCUUUUAUAUUAAAUCAACAAUUAAUUUUUCCGUGCGGACUGAUCUCAAUAUUGACGAGCUUGAAAACCUGUGUAUCGAAAUUCGCAAGCCGAACUCUAAACCUUUUAUUGUUGUCAAUUGGUAUAGGCCUCCUAACUCUCCAAUGGGGCUAUUCUCACAUUUGGAAGAUCUUGUUGCGAGAUUUGAUCUGACAAAUCUUGAAUUUUUCCUACUUGGUGAUAUGAAUGCCGAUAUGGCCUCAACCAAUUACGACAACAAUGUCCGUCAGCUAAUAAACAUUGCUGAUAUUUAUGGCCUCCACCAACUCAUUUCUUAGCCUACUCGGAUAACAGAUAAAUCAUCUACAUUUAAUUUAUACAAAUUGUCCUGAGAGGGUAGUCUGCUCCAGAGUCGCCCAUAUCAGUGUUAGUGAUCACAGUCUUGUUUAUGCGUUUCGUAAACUUUCCAUUAACUUCCAAAAGGGUCACACUUCAAUAACGUACAGAAACUUUAAAACUUUCAAUCGUGCCAAAUUUCGUAACGAUAUCUGCAAUGAGAACUAGGAAUUUUUGGCUCCAGCUCUUGAUCCCAACCAAAUGUGGACAGAGUGGAAAACCAAAUUUUUACAAAUUGUUGACAAACAUGCUCCGAUUCACAUUAAGCGCGUUAGAUCUAAAAAUUCUCCGUGGAUUACUGCUGAUUUGAAAGAACGCAUGCAUAAUCGUGACACAUUAAAGAUCAAAGCAAUCAAGUCGAAUGAUCCGCACGAUUGGGCCAAUUUCAAAAGAAUGCGUAACAAAGUUAAUACUGAAAUUAAAGCUGCUAAAGAAUUAUUUUACAAUAAUAAGUUUAAAACUAAUGGCGACCCGCGUAAAACGUGGCAAAUCAUCCACGAUCUUACAUCUCGUAAAGCCGUUAAUUUAUCGAUUAGAGAAAUAAACCUAAAUGGUACUUCUAUAUCUGGAUCAUGCGACUUGUCGAAUGCUUUCAAUGAUCAUUUCUCAUCAAUAGGACCUAAACUUGCUAAUGACAUCCCAUUAUCUAAUAACAAUGACCACUGUCAUCGGAAAUAUGUCAAAGGCAUUAACAAUAGAUUCGAGUUCCGCCCCACUGAUAGUGGACAGGUUUUAAAGCUAAUGAAUAAACUAAAUAAGUCUAAAGGGACUGGUCUCGAUAAGCUAUCAAGUCGGCUUAUUCGUGAAUGUGCUGACCUUAUUUCACCACAUAUCUCAAUUAUUUUUAAUUGCUGUUUAACUACCGGCACAUUCCCUGAUGACUGGAAAUUAGCCAAAGUUAUGCCUAUAUUCAAUCAGGGCGAUAGAAGUGAUAUGAACAAUUAUCGCCCAAUUUCUGUGAUCUCAGCAAUAGCAAAAGUCUUCGAAAGAAUAGUUUAUAAUCAGCUUUCUUCCUAUUUAUCCGAAAAUAAUAUUUUGUCAAAAUAUCAGUCUGGUUUUCGAUCCUUUCACUCAACUGUAACCGCUUUGCUCGAUGCCACUGAUAAUUGGGCCUUAAACAUAGAUCGUGGCUAUGUUAACGCUGUUGUCUUUUUAGAUCUAAAAAAGGCAUUAGACACAGUCGAUCACUCUAUUCUAUUAUACAAACUAUAUUUAUAUGGAGUCAAAGGAAUUGCCUACAAAUUGCUUUCUUCUUACUUAGAAAAUCGUACGCAAAAAUGUUCUGUCAAUGGUGUCCUUUCUAAACUUGUGGGAUUCCCCAGGGGACAACACUGGGGCCUUCGCUGUUUCUCUUAUACAUUAAUGACUUACCUAAUUGUUUAUCAAAUGUACGUGGAUGAUACUCACCUAACAUAUGCUGAUAAUGACAUCUGCUCCCUUGAGGCUUCUUUAAAUCAGGACUUGUUAAAUAUAAACAAUUGGCGUCAUUGCCAAUAAAUUGACUCUCAAUAUGACAAAAACUGAAUUUAUGUUCAUGGGAGCAAGACAAAAAUUGAAUAGUCUAUCCGUUCUCCCAGACUUAGAAAUUAAUGGUACACAAUUAAACAGA